GACGCAGGCCACUUCUCUAGCUUAUCCCGUAAAUAUACAAAAUCUCUGAGCUGCCGAUCAGAGCACCCACAGCCAGCUUGUCAUUUGGCUCCGCCGCGAAGGAGAAGAAGCGUCCAAACCAAGAAUCAAAAUGGUGGAGGUAACCAGUGCGCUCAUCUCCGUCCUCUUCGCCGCCUUCUCGGUCCCCUGCCUCCUACUCGUCGUCGUCGUGGCCGAGGCCGUCGUCCGUCUCGCCGCACUCGCGGUCCGCGGAGACGGGUACAUGUGGCCCUCGCGGUCCGCGUUCCUCGGCUACCGCAUCGCGCGCGCCGGCCACCUUUCCUAUUCGUCGUCUUCAUCCUCCUCCGCCGUGUCCGGCGGCGGCGGCGGCUUCUUCCAGCAGGACGAGCCUCUGCCGCCCGAGUUCCUGGACCUCCUCGCCGUCGCGGUGUACCGCAAAGGGACGGACGCGGCCGUGGACUGCGUGUUCUGCCUGUCGCGGAUCGACGAGGGCGAGGAGGUGCGCGAGCUCCGGUGCCGCCACGUCUUCCACCGCGAGUGCCUCGACGCCUGGCUCCUCCGCCCGCGCGCCACCUGCCCGCUCUGCCGCGACCGCCUCCUCCCCUCCGAGCCUCCCCGCGCCUGCGCCCGCGCAUUCGACGACGACGAAAUCUACGUCGAAGACGAAGACCACGAGGACCUCUCCUCCUCGUCGUCGUCGUCGUACGCCGCCGGCGCCUCCUACCCCCACGGCGCCGCGCUGUGGCACAUGUAACAAAGCCAGCAAACGAUCAAUGCCGGACGGCCAUUCGCUCCGAUCAUCCGCUUGGUACAUUUCUACCGCGCGAGAGCCAGAGUUCUUUUUUCUUCUUUCACUUUUUUCCUUGCUUCCUUCACAUUCACGUAGUUGGUACGUCGAUUAAUCUCUCGCUCUCUGGAAAAGGUGAUGUAGUGUUCUUGGAGAAAAAGAAAAAGGUGAUGUAUAGGUGCAUGGCUCCUAUUGCUGUCC